AUGUUGAUCCCAACAUAUAUCGCCUAUGCGGCCAUUCUCUGUCUAUUCCUCAUCGCACCAGCAAUCGGAAUUUUUUGCGUCUACACGGAGAGAUGCUGUAAAAAGCAAGGAGAUGAAGAGCCAAAGGAAACAAGCGAGGCUCGAGUGAUAUUGGUGAUGCCGGCCGAUUGUCUAAGAGAUGAAGAUCCAAUCUCUCAUUACGAUGAUCUCCCACCAUCGUAUCACGAACUUUUCCCGAGUUGUUCG